UAAGUCCUGGCGGGGCUUCCACACCCCGCCUGGACUUUGACGGGACGGUUGAGGUCCGCACUACGUUAUCUAACAGACAAUACCGUCGUAGGCUCGCUAUAUAUACCCAGGCUAUAGUUGGCUCAGUUCAUUCCGGAGGAACCUUUCACCCGGCUGUAGUUUGCGCGGUUCAGUCCGGAGGAACCUUUCACCCGGCUAAACUUGGCUCGGUUCAAUCCGGAGGAUCCUUUCACCCGGCUAGUUUAAUCGGUUCAGUGCGGAGGAACCUUUCACCCGGCUAUAGUUGGCUCGCUUCAGUCCGGAGGAACCUUUCACUCUGCGGGAAUUCGUCGAAAUGUCAGCCAACAAUGCACCGUCCAAUUUCUCCUGGGUGGACCCGGGGAAGUUGGCCGGGUUGGCCUUGCCAAGGAUGACGGCGGAGUACCAGUACCUCCUGGACAACGGCAUUCAUCAUCUUGUGUGCCUCUGUGAGAGGAAGCCCCCCAAUCACGACACCUGCCCGCAGUUGCAACUGCACCACAUCAAGAUCACGGACUUCACCCCUCCGACGCCGGCCCAAACCGAUGCGUUCCUCUCCAUCGUGGAGAAGGCCAACUCCAAAGGGGAGGGCGUGGCGGUGCACUGCAUGCACGGCCACGGGCGCACGGGCACCAUGCUGGCCUGCUACCUGGUGAGGACCAGGGCCAUGUCCGGGGCCGACGCCAUCCUGGAGACACGCCGGCUGCGGCCGGGGUCCAUCGAGACGGCGGAGCAGGAGCGCGCCGUGGUGCAGUUCUACCAGCGCACCAAGUGAACCCGGGCGGAGACGGGACCGCCAGGGGGCGGGGUGCAGUGCCCCGGACGGUCCUCUAACCGGGGUUAGUUAACCGGGGACCCGGGGUGCUGGGAGGCAGGCAUGGGGGAGGCCUCAUGCGCCACUCCUCUGGAACCCACCUUCAGAACGUCCGGAGUCCACCUCAU